UUGUGUUCCACAUAUGCUUCUACUAAAGAAAACAAAAUAAAUUCCAGUUUAUAGUGGUUAUUCGUCGAAUGAAAACUGCAAAAGUGUAAUAAUAAAAAUGCCCGCAGAAACUUCGGUUGAUUCGAAAUUUUAUGACGUUCUCCAUGAACUGGGUCGAGGAAUGUUUGGCACUGUUUACCUUUGUGCCAAAAAACACAAUAAGCAAAAGUUAGUGAUGAAAGAAAUAAAAACAAAUCUCCAGGGCGAUGACUUGAGAUCUGCAAAAAAUGAAAUAUCCAUUUUGAAAUCUUUGAGGCAUCCCAACGUCAUUCUUUAUUACGAUAGCUACUCGAAGAAAAAUGUAUUUUAUAUUAUGAUGGAAUACGCAACGAAGGGCACACUGAACGAGUAUUUGUACAAGAGGAAGAAGAAGUUAUCUGCUCAGAGAGUUAUGAACUACUUCUGUCAGAUUCUGAUGGGUCUUGAUCACAUACAUGAAAAGAAAGUGAUUCAUCGGGAUCUCAAGUGUGAAAAUAUUUUUUUGACUGGUGGCAAAGCUGACGUUGUAAAAAUUGGAGAUUUUGGAAUAUCGACAUUGACUGUGAAGAACAGUUUUGCCAAGACUGUUGUGGGAACUUGCAACUAUUUAGCGCCAGAACUUUGUGAAGAAAAACCUUACGACAAUAAAGUGGAUAUUUGGUCGUUAGGAUGCAUUCUGUACGAGUUAUGUAUGAGGGAAAAAAUGUUCGAAGGUUCGCUAUCUUGUGUGGUAAAGUCUAUUACUCGUGGUGUCAUAAAAAAGGUGGACAUUCUCACAUAUGGGUCACAAAUACAGGAAAUAAUAAAAAGUACAAUGAAACUCAACCCAGAAGAAAGGCCCGAUACAAAAACUUUGAUGUGCUAUCCUGAUAUUUUUCCCAGUAUGUACGUCCUAGGAACCACUUUGGGUUGCAUCUUCAGUUAAAAAUUCGUUUAUUCCUAUAUUGUGAUUGUUUUAUACUUUUGAACAUUGUAUCCAAUUUUUUAUUGACAAUAAAUGUGACUUCUGAUUUUA